GUAUUAAGCCUGGAGUGAUUGGAGGAUCAAAACCAAAGGUCGCCACACCCAAAGUCGUUGAAAAAAUUGCAGAGUACAAACGCCAAAAUCCCACCAUGUUUGCCUGGGAGAUCAGGGACAGACUCCUUGCUGAGCGAGUGUGUGACAACGACACUGUGCCCAGUGUCAGUUCCAUUAACAGGAUCAUCCGGACCAAGGUGCAGCAGCCACCCAAUCAGCAGGUCCCGGCUUCCAGUCACAGCAUAGCCUCCACGGGAUCAGUCACCCAGGUGUCCUCUGUAACCACUGACUCUGCUGGCUCGUCCUACUCCAUCAGUGGGAUCCUGGGAAUCGCCUCCCCUGGCACGGAGAGCAACAAGCGCAAGCGGGAUGAAGGUAUUCAGGAAUCUCCAGUACCAAAUGGCCAUUCUCUCCCAAGCAGAGAUUUUCUUCGGAAACAGAUGCGAGGAGACCUUUUCACCCAGCAGCAGCUAGAAGUGUUGGAUCGUGUUUUUGAGAGACAACAUUAUUCUGACAUCUUCACAACAACUGAGCCCAUCAAACCAGAGCAGUGGUGCUCCAUGCUGAUGAGACAGUGCGUGGUACAACCGCAGGCAGUCAUUUUUCAGGCAACAGAGUACUCAGCCAUGGCCUCACUAGCUGGUGGAUUGGAUGACAUGAAAGCCAAUAUAACCAGCCCUACUUCUGCAGAUUUGGGAGCGAGUGUUCCUGGGCCUCAGUCCUAUCCUAUUGUCACAGGUCGCGAGCUGGCAAGUACAACCCUCCCAGGAUACCCUCCACAUGUCCCUCCUGCUGGACAGGGCAGCUACUCCGCUCCAGCGCUGACAGGAAUGGUGCCUGGGAGCGAGUUUUCUGGGAGCCCAUACAGCCACCCACAAUAUUCAACAUACAAUGACUCCUGGAGGUUUCCCAACCCUGGACUCCUGGGCUCCCCCUACUACUACAGCACCACAGCCCGUGGAGCAGCUGCACCAGCUGCUGCUGCUGCCUAUGACCGCCACUGACGCCGGAGCUCAGGGCAUCGGCACUGACAGCACGCAUGUCUGGGACAACCGUGACGAGUCAUCUUGCUGCCACCAUGCCAGCCACUCCAAAAGGGAAAGAGAAAGUACUUAGUAGGAACAUCAUAAUUGAAAUUUUGUUCUUUAAGCUUGUUGAACUGAUUAUUGUAUUUUUAAAUCUGGUUGGGUCUUGAAUCAAACAGAGAAACAGGAGGAAGUGGUACUCCUGAAGCUCUGUGUGGUUAAAAACGUGUGGUAGCUUCGUGUUCUUCGCAGCCGGCUGGCUACUGCUUUAAUCGCCUGUGGGUGCCAUGGCUGUAUCUGGGGAUAAGGAAGAGGUGUGAGCAGCUCCCCUUGGGACAGCUCCCUCUUGCUGCACACUGAAACAGGCUGUGAGACUCAAGGCAAUUUUCUUUUUUUAUUUUUUUCUUUUAUUUUUAUUUUUAUUUUCUUUUUUUGUUUGUUUUUUGUUUUGUGUGUGGCAAAAAAAAAAAAAAUCAGUCUGCUCAAUUUUACGCAAGCACACCAGUGUAAAUAUUUGCUUGUUUGUAUUACUGUAAGAGUAGCUUAAGCAUAAACAGCAACAUUGUACAAGUAUGAACUCAAAACACAUCCAAAAGUGUGUUUUGAAACUGGUGCACUGAUUCAAAGAACUCAGUAAGCUUUAAGCAACUUUGAACCAGGUUAACACUCAUCGUGGCUGUAUUUUGGCUGAUGUUGUUUCUAUAUAGAGCAUCUUAUUUGACAGUUGUGUGUGAUCAUGCUAUAUGCUGGUAUCAAACACAUGGGCAACUGGAAAGACAUAGGCAAUUUUGUGAUAUUUUACUGCUUAAUAUUAUUUUUAUGUUCAUUUGUCAUCAUACUAAACACUGAAACAAAUUCACUGGUUUCAAGUUAAGCAGCACCCAGGAAGGAAUUCCUAAAUAACAGCUGACACCUUACAUAUAUCUGUAUAGAUUGUGUGCUAAAUCCCAGUCAUGAAAACCCUGAGAGGAAGGCAAAGAAAUACUGUGGUUGUGAUUUUUAUGUGCAUGUAUUGAGCAGGGUGUACCAGACAUGAGGGCAGCUGCACUCACUUUCCAAGCCAAGCUGAAGGAGAAAGUAUUUGUUUCCAGGUGUCUGUACAUUUCUGUGAAGGCAUUGCAGAUUGUAGUCCUGUGGGGACCGAGGGGAAUUUUGCCCUGCUAAUUCCAUGUUUCUUCCCUCCUAUCGAAUAGGAAGCACUAAUAGUCACAUGUUUCAAUGUGCACCUUGUGGGGGGCUAAAUUAUGAGAGCAGAGCAGCUACAAAUGACCACUAAGCAGCUACAUCAAUCACUGCCUCUCCAUGGAGCCAGGACAACCGCUGAUGUCUCCCUGAAGCCUCCCCCUACCCCAGACUAAGGCAAAGACAACCUCAGCCACAUAAGGACGAUGGGCAUAACCCCAUCCCUUCCCUCCUGGGGGCAGUGGAGAAGCUCCCUGGUCCUGUUGAGAUGAAGACCUGGCUGAAAGCCUCUUUAUUCCCAACUCAACCAUCCUCAUCCACCCAGAGUUGUCUGGGCUCUGCUGAGGGGUCUGUUGGUGCUUGGCUGCAGGAGAAAGGUUGUUGGUGUCAAACUUCAGAGGCACUCCUGUAGAAGAAUAUUCAAGCAGGUAUUCACCAGGUUCAAGCUGUACAAACAUUUCUCUGGCAGCUCCUGAGUUAACACUAUUCUCUCUCCUCCCUUCCCAAGUCAUCACUUGUGCUGCAUAUCUGGUAUCUGUAGCGGCCAUCUAUCUGCUGAGAAAUUCCCUCACCCACUCCAGUAGCAUCUUCUCAUGGUACAGAAAUGCAGUCGACACUUCCAAGUUUCCGGGGCAGAAGUGUUCCAAUCCUUAGCAGCCAUGUCCCACCAGCUCAGUGACAUUUCAGCAUGUUGUUCACAGAUCCCAUCAGAAAUUUUAGCCAGUCUUUUAAGCUAACCUAGAAAUUAGCUUUGAGACAAACUUAGCAAUGAGAUGAGUGCCACUUUUAAUCUUUCAGCAAUUAAUUACUGAUACACAUCUUUUUUAACAAAAGACAAAUAAUAGCAUGGAAGAUUUACCCAAGGAAGCUUCUGAAACCCUGCUUUGGGUUCAUACCUAACUGCAUACCCAUGAUUGCUUGCAUUCCUUGGACUGGAAAGGGCACUUCUGUCCCUGGGACCACGUGCAAGAGUCUGGCCGAGGUGUGUGCACAGUCUCCACUCUGAACACAUGCACCUUCUCUGUGAGCUCAGAAGGGGAUGUGUCUGUCCAGUGCCUUUGCUGAAGAGAUAAGAAACAAGCGUUUGACCACUGGCGCUGGUGAUGUAUCUAGAGCAGAUGUAUGCUGAGUUACACCAGCUGUUGGGACAUCAUCAGGCUUGGCUAAAACAAGUCUGUGUGCCCAGUGAGGGAGCUGCAGCUCAUUGGCAUGUGGGUCCUUCACCCACUCUGCCUACUCUUCUGCAACCACAUUACUUUUACUUGUUUCCUCAGCAGCAUGGACUGUGACAUACAUUAAUUCAGAUGAUGUUGAGAGGACCAAACAUGAGAUUUCAGCAGAUGUUACCAUACUCAUGCCAAAAGUACUUGUAGUUGGGCUGGGGACUUCGGAAAGGCAUGACAGAUAUGUUUUCUCCAAAUUAUGGAUGUGUGUGGAUGCCACUGGCUGAAGUGACCUAAAGUACUCAGGCCUGACUGGCCUCAAGGCUUCAUCAGAGCAGCCCUUGGCCUGCCAGGUAUGGUGGUGGGCUCCAUCCCAGGGACUCUGUGGAUGCAUGGGCAGCUGCUUAGGGGAAACCCAGAACUCCCACCCUUGCACAUGCAAAGCAGGGGCUUGUGCCUGACCCACCUCCUAAACCAUGGCAGCCAUUACUCACUCACAUCUGCUGGGGCAUCUUUCUAUCAUAAACAGCCAGUACAAGUUAGACCAUGGAGUAUUCAUGCCAUGCUGCUGGGAAAGGCAUUUGACAGUACUUUCUGCUUUUGGGAAUAUUUCACCUGAGAUUUACAAACUGCUUUUCUCAGGAAGACUUUCUGACCAUAGUCUUCAUUGUGGGAAUCCUCCUCCUUGGGGAGCAUGUUUGAAAGGCACCGUUGGUAGAAGGUGGUCAUCUGUGGAGGACAGAGGAUUGCCUGCCUCUGUCUGUCCUCUGUGGCCUCACUAUUUCAUGAAGGAGGGGUUACAGGGUGAGGCAGAGAUGGUAAGCAAAUGACCCUCAGGGGCUGCAAAGAGGGGAGAGAGACAGCCCAGUGCUAGGGUUUGGGGAAUCCUGCUAAUCCUUUACUCAGGAGGGAUGCCCUGCAGAGCAGUGAAUCAUUACUAAACCCUUGUGGAAAUCAAUCCCACAAAGUGCCUUCAGGCAGUUUCAGCACUGAACUCCGUAAUACACUUGGUUAGAUGAAGGGUUUUCCAAUACUUGAUACUCCAGCAAUAAUUUUAUCAAAUACAUUGCUGACACAGGCUAAGAAAUUAAAUCUGAGAGGUGGAGAGGGACAAUGCUGCUGUAAAACUAAAUCAAUGGAGGCUGGAGCCAGGAUUGCAUGAACUGACUUGUUGAGGAACCCUUCAGUAAAACGCUGUCAGACCAUGAACAUAAAGAAGACACAAAAUGUUGUGAUCAUUGAGUUUGUUAUAAUCUGUGUCUGAAGGUUCAGUUAUGGAGAUAUUAUUGUUAGGCAGCUCUACUAGUAGACUGCAGAGCUCUGGAUGUCUCAGGACUGGAUCAACGGAUCAAAAGUUUUCUUUGAUCACUGUUGAAUUAUAAAAACGCUCAGGGCUCUGGUGUCAUGGGUCCAGAGAGCGAUUGUUCAUUCUGAGAUGUCUGAGAAGUUCUCUGAUUGGACUGGCAGGUGUUAGGACAACACUGGUGCUUGAGGCACUUGGGAAAGAGGUGUCGAGGAAAGAAACAGCACCAGAGUACAAGAAGCUCACAGUCUGUCACCCCUCCUUGACUCCCUGUGAUUGUCCUCUUGGUGCUGUAGUGUGAGAGCAGCGCAGUGGGAGAGAGUAGCAUGGUGGGUGAGGGAGGAGAGAUGGCCUCACCAUGCCAGGACUUAGCAGUUGAUAAAUGCUUUGUCAUGCUGGUCUUAGCUAAUGUGGUUAUAUUCCUGUUUUGGUUUUUUUUUUUUUCUUUUAUUUAUGUAUUUUAUACAUCCUUCAGUAUGGAGGCAAGAGGAAGCUCUGUUAAGGUCUUGCUUAUUUCCAGAUGCGGGUACCUGUAGCUUCAAGAGCUGUGGCCUCUAGCAGGGUCAAUUUCUGUAGCUGU